GCGUCACCGUCGAGGAUAGCCACCACCAUCCGGGGCUUCUGGCAGACGUCCGCGGGCCCGGCUGCGAACUCGGUUCUAGGAUGGCGGGGGAAUAUCAAGGAAACUAUUGCAAAAGGAUGGUGGAAUUUAAACACCGAACGGACCGACUCGGACGUGGCUGCAGACUCGGGCGAACAACGGCCAAGAACUCCGGACGAAGAGACAAAAUUACCGAAACUACCGGUGCCUUUAUUGGAACGCACUACGAAAUUAUACUUGGAAACGUUGAAACCAAUAUUAAAUGAAAAACAACACGAACAUGUUAGAAAGCUAGUUGCGGAUUUUACGAGUGGACCCGGUCCGAUGUUACAGGAAAUAUUGAUCGAACGCAGAGAAGAACAUGACAAUUGGGUUUACGAUUGGUGGCUUCAUGACAUGUAUCUUUGCAAUCAAGCACCAUUGCCAAUCAAUUCGAAUCCUGGAAUGGUAUUUCCACCGUUACCAAAUCUGUCAUCCGAAAUACAGAUGGCAAAAUUUUCAGCACGAUUUGUUGUGGAAAUGAUGAAUUUUAAACGCAUAUUGGACAAACGAGAACUGCCAAUAGAGAAGGCUACAUCGAGAGAAAAAGGACAACCACUAUGCAUGGCACAGUACUACAGGCUGAUGAAAUCAUAUAGAGAACCAGGACUGGUUAAGGACAGACUAUUAGACGUCGAAUCAGAUCUAACAUUGUCGAGACCACACGUAAUUGUUGCAUGUAAAUCGCAGUUUUACGUGCUGCGAUUGACUUUGGGCGAAGAUGAUACGCCCAUCACCGAAAUGCAAAUCGCAACGAAGCUGCUGAACAUUAUAACGGACGCUAAAAAGACCGCUAACACUGCUCGCACGUAUUCCGUGGGUAUUCUGACUUCGCAAAAGAGAGACGACUGGGCUCACAGCAGGGAGUUGUUGAUGAAAAGUGCUUCUAAUCGCAAUAAUUUGGCGUUAAUCGAACGGUGCUUGUUUUUCAUAAACUUUGACUUGGAAACGAUUGGUCCGGAGUUCAAUUCCGUAUGUAAGGUCGGAGCGAAAGGUCAUAGACUGUCGAACGACAGAGAUGAGACAAACAUGAUGCAUCAAAUGAUCCACGGCGGAGGAAGUGAAUACUGCUCGGGCAACCGUUGGUUUGACAAGACUAUACAGUUGGUAAUCGGAAGGGACGGCGCGAAUGGAUUGUGUUAUGAGCAUUCGCCAUCCGAGGGUAUUGCAGUUAUCGAGUUAAUGGAAAAGUUGAUUAGAAGCACUAAAGACUUGGAGGAAAAAUCAAUGGAUUUAUCGCCGUCAGCAGAAAAACCGGAAAAACUCAUAUGGAGUGUUAAUAACGAACUCAUAAAACACAUAGGCGAUGCUUCUACAGUUUUAGAUAAGUCAGUCAAGGAUUUGAACUUUCAUGUAUUCCGGUUCACUCAGUAUGGAAAGGGAUUCAUAAAAUCUUCUAAGAUCAGUCCAGAUGUUUAUAUACAACUCGCAAUGCAACUAGCUUAUCAUAAACUGCAUGGCAAACUGGUGGCCACGUACGAAAGCGCGUCCACCAGACGUUUCCGGCUGGGAAGAGUGGACUGCAUACGGGCGGCGACCGCGGAAGCGCUGGAAUGGGCCAAGGCAAUGAAUCAGUCGGCCGUCACCGAGACCGGCAUGUUGGGCACGAAGAAGAUCUACUACACCGUGACCGACAACGAGAAAAUUCAACUUUUUGAAACAGCGGUAAAAAAACAGACUGACAUCAUGAUUGAUAAUAUUCUUGGAAUGGGCAUAGACGCACACUUAUUGGGAUUGAGGCAAGCAGCAAGAGAAAAUGCUAUACCUUGCGCAAUAUUCGAAGAUGAUUCAUUCAGACUUGCUAAUCAUUUUAGCCUAUCAACGAGUCAAUUAUUAACUUCGACGGACAGCUUUAUGGGCUACGGACCAGUUGUUCCCGACGGCUACGGUGUUUCCUACAACCCCCAGAGCAAUUUAUUAGUAUUCUGCAUAUCUUCGUUCAAAUCGUCCAAGAUCACGAACAACAAUGCGUUCACGGCGGCCCUUGAACAGAGUCUGAUGGCGAUGCAGAAGAUGCUUUACAUGAAAAAAAAUUAAGAUGACGCUGAUCAUAUGUGCAUGUUCCUUAUAAAUACAAAUUGUCUUAUCUCAUAUAAUAUUAUAGUACCGUAAACAUAUCUUCGAAUGAUAAAAAAACUGUUAUAUUUCUUAAAACUUGGAAAUUUAUAGUUACCUACUUGGUUAUAAUUGUCACUUUAUAUUUUAGAUGCGUUUAUUGCAUCACGUAUUGUUAUUGAUCGUUAUUCAUUAUUGUCACCUUGAAGUAUAAUCUAAAUUUUAAUGCACUACUGUUAAUGUUAUUAGUUCGGUUUAUUUAUUCAUUAAUCAACAAUUGUUAAUGUAUGUUUUUAACGUUAUUCAUAUUCUACGAUUAAAGUUAUUUUGACUUCGUUACAUAAAUAUAUUAUCGUGUUGCUAUUCAUAUUGAAUUUCUUGCAGAUACGACUGAAUUAUUACGUAAAAACCACCAUAAAUUUGAUCUAAAUUUAAAUACAGGAACUCACGAAUAAUUAAAAAAUAAAGUUACAAAAUAUUAUUUUUUAAAUGGACUUUUUAGAUAUAAUUUAUUAAUAAUAUUAAAUUCAAAAUGAUUUUAUAAACGGUGACCGUUUAUUUAUGUAACGAAUACUCAUGUUAAACAUAAUAUAAUAUUCACUAUAUCAUAUUUAAACACCAAUAAUGUACUGUUCAUUGAAUUUUGUUUGAUAUUAUUUUUAUUAAUAUUAACUAUUAUGAUUGUUACUGUUAUAUUAUUUACAAUGUGUCACGACUUAUAAGAUAAUCUAAAUUUUAUUGAUUUAUAGUUAUACUUUUAUUAUGAUCAGAUAUUUACUUUAAGUAGGUACUAAGUUGUUGUUAAAUUAGACAUAUCAAUGUAAUUCAUACAUAUCAUUAUAUAUCAUAUAUUAAGUUCACUCGACACAUAUCAAUUGUUUGACAUUUGCAUAUCAUUAGAAUUACAACUAUAAGUAUAAUAAUAAAUACAAGACUCGAUACUCGACGAUGUUAUAUCGAAAAUAUAUAAACAUUAUAAAAUUUAUUAUAAUUUUAAUAUUUACUAAGGUUGUUAGAUAUUUUCACUGUUACGUUUAAAUGUUGUUGAAUUUCUAUCGAAGUAAUUUUUUUUUUCAAAAUUAUAAAAAUUAUAAUCAUUAUUUAUGUAUAAUCCCGUACGGUUACAGUUUAAAACUUUAGUCUUAUUGGCUAAUUAUUAAAGAAACGCUAAUUCAAUCGCUUUUUUUUAUAUAUACUACCAUCAUAAUUUAUGUACAUAGACCGUAGAAAACAAUGUUCGUAGAUACAUCACUAUAUUUUAUCAUAUAAUAUGUAUUGUGUUUUUCGACAUAUAUUUUAGCAAACAUCAAUUUUCAACUGUGACAUUUAUUCUUUGAUAACAUUAUCCAUUAUUGUUAAAUUGUUAUUUAUUCUCUCUCUCUCUCUCUCUCUCUCUCUAGUUAUAUCUAUAUAUAUAUAUAGAAUACUUAUAGAAAUAUUUUAUGCGUCUCUAUAUAGGGCCGGACUGGAUGUAUAACAAAACAUUAAAUAAAAGUACUAAAUUA